AUGGAAGCGAUAGCUCAACAGCUGCCUGAAGAAAAUCUACUGUAUUUAGCGGAUUCCCGCUUUGCUCCAUACGGUUAUGCCCAAGAUUUGUCAGAUGUAAUGUUUGUGGCUACAGCCAAUUCAUUGAAUAUUCCACCUGCACUUUUGGAUCGGAUGGAAGUGAUUCGUUUGUCGGGUUACACCGAGGAUGAAAAACUCAACAUUGGUAAACGUUAUUUGGUGCCUAAACAAAUUGAGAACAAUGGUCUCAAAAAGGGAGAAUUAACCAUCGAUGAUAGUGCUUUGAUGGAUAUUAUUCGCUACUACACAAGAGAGGCGGGCGCAACGCCUAAAGAUGGACCUUCCGCAGGAGCUGCGAUGACGGUCGCGAUGGUUUCUGUCUUGACAGGUAUUCCCGUUCGUGCAGAUGUUGCGAUGACAGGUGAAAUCACGCUGCGAGGAGAAGUUUUAGCGAUUGGUGGACUUAAAGAAAAACUUUUAGCAGCGCACCGAGCUGGCAUCAAAACAGUGAUUAUUCCAGAAGACAAUUUUAAGGAUCUUACUGAAAUUCCUAAAAUUGUCCAAGAAGAAAUGACAAUCGUUCCUGUUAAGUGGAUAGAUCAAGUUUUAGAUGUUGCCUUGGAAUGCAGCCCUGAAGCCAAAGCUAUUGAAAAGUCAAAACAACUUGAGAAAGAUCAGGAGAAGAGUAUCGAUGAUGUUGCUCCUGUGAUUCGCAAGAAACCAAGAGCAGGUUCUGGCGUCCAAAAGCAUUAA